AAACAAGCGAGGAGAAAGGAGGAGCAGUUCGCCUGGAACAAGCCUCUGCGCUGACUCCCCAUUGUACCAACUUAACCGCAUGAAUAAUUCAUUAAACUUGCUAACGCACAUUAAGACAAAGACAUAUUUUAGUCAGAUAGCUAUCAUUUUUUUUACCGCCUCGGCUCGUGUGGACGUUUAACCAGCCUCAUAACGAGCCAUGGCGGAGCGAAGUGGCCGGUUGAGCCUCGGUGGAGGGGGACUCAACAGACCCGUGCCUAUGAACCUGUUCGCCACAUGGGAAAUAGAUGGAUCUUCCCCGAGUUGCAUCCCGAGGUUGUGCAGUCUGACUCUGAAGAGGUUGGUGGUCCUGAGGGAGCUGGACAAGGAACUCAUAUCGGUGGUCAUCGCUGUCAAGAUCCAGGGUUCCAAGAGGAUCCUGAGGUCCCAUGAGAUAGUGCUGCCCCCUAGUGGCUCAGUGGAGACUGACCUGGCUCUCACCUUCUCACUGCAGUACCCUCACUUCCUGAAGAGUGAGGGUAACAAGCUCCAGAUCCUGCUGCAGAGGAGGAAGAGAUACAAGAACAGGACUAUCCUGGGAUACAAGACCCUGGCUGUAGGAACCAUCGAUAUGGCUGAGGUGAUGCAGCACCCCACGGAGGGGGGCCAGGUUCUGUCUCUGUGCAGUAACCAGAAGGAGAUGCUGGGUAAAGUAGCUGAGAUCUGGAUCUUCUCACUGUCCAGUCAGCCGAUAGACUACGAGGAGGCCGCUCUGCAGGAGGGAACCAAGAUCAAAUGCUCAGAUAACUACUGUGAGAGUUUCUCUUCAGAGCAGGAAGCCAGCGACGACAGGGUCAGGUCAGACCUGGAGGAUGAUGAGUAUGAGGUGAGGAAGCCUAAGAAGCAGAGAAGGUCCAUCGUAAGAACUGCUUCAAUCACCAGGCAGCAGAACUUUAAACAGAGAGUUGUGGCUCUGCUGAAGAGAUUUAGAGUCUCAGACGAGGUGUUGGACUCUGAGCAGGACCCGGCAGAACCCCCUCCAGAGGUAGAGGAGGAUCUGGACCUGGAGAGUCUGGACCUAGAGAACCCCAGUGACAGUGGACCGGAACUAGACGAUGACGACAGUGUCCUCAGCACCCCGAAACCCAAGCUGAAGCCAUAUUUCGAGGGCAUUUCUCUCUCCAGUUCUCAGACAGAGAUCGGCAUCCACACCAGCCCGGUGCAACCAGACCCGACUGAGAGCAGCGGGGCCACGUUCCAGGUCGACAGUGUCUCAGAGAAGGGCUCAUAUCAGGAAGAGCAACCUGAGGCAGUGACCCCCACCACAGAGCUGGAGAUGGAUAACAUGGACACCUUCCUGGAGAAGCUGCCCCCUACUGGCAAGAUGAAGAAGACCGAGUCCCUCAUCAUCCCUUCCAACAGAUGGCAGGAACCUAAGUUGGCGGGGAGGAGAGGGAGGAGUACAUCCCUAAAGGAGCGCCAGCCCAACAGACCACAGAACGAGAGAGCCAACAGCCUGGAUAACGAACGCUCCCUCGACACACACUGCCAUCUACAGAUCCCCAGGAAGACUGUGUAUGACCAGCUGAACCACAUCCUGGUGUCUGACCACCAGCUACCUGACAGCAUCAUCCUCAUCAACACAUCUGAUUGGCAGGGCCAGUAUCUGUCAGACGUUCUCCAGAACCAGCACCUCCCGGUGGUGUGUACCUGUACUACAGCAGACAUCCAGGCCGCCUUCAACACCAUCGUCUCACGCAUACAGAGAUUCUGUAACUGCAACAGCCAGACGCCCAUCCCCAUAAAGAUAGCUGUGGCUGGAGCUCAACACUAUCUCGGUGCAGUCCUCAGGCUGUUUGUAGACCACCUCUCUUACAAGACCCCUGAUUGGCUGGGCUACAUGAGGUUCCUCAUCAUACCACUAGGAUCUCACCCAGUCUCCAAGUAUCUGGGUACCAUCGACUAUCGAUACAACAGUUUAUUCCAGGACACUGCGUGGAGGGACCUGUUUCACACACACGACGCUCCAGUCAUAGUGCAGGAGAGUCCAGAUGUGGUUUCCAGGGUAACCCAGUAUAUGGUCGGGGCCAACGGAGUUCACCAGCUCCCCAUCGCUGAGGCCAUGCUCACAUACAAACAGAAGAGCCCGGACGAGGACUCUUGUCAGAAGUUCAUCCCCUUUGUCGGGAUGGUGAAAGUUGGACUGGUGGAACAGUCAUCAGCAACAUCAGGUGACUCGGACGAUGCAGCUCCCAUGGCGACAGCCCUUCUCUCCUUCACCCCUCCUCAGGUGUCCCCCGCCCUGAAGGAAGCCACGCCCACCCCUCCCUCCUCCCCCUCUGUCAACUCAAGCUUCAGCUCAUACAGGUACAGCUACACACAAACACAACACCUGCUGAUGGGACUACAGGUGGACUACUGGGUGGCUCCCUCCCCGGCUGACAGGAAGAGAGACGUGGAGAAAGACUCGUCCUCCUCCAAGAACACUCUGAAGUGUACGUUCCGCUCGCUGCAGGUCAGCAGGCUCCCCCAGGCCGGGGCCCAGCCACAGCCCGCCAUGUCCAUGACCGUGGUCAUGAAGGAGAAGAACAAGAAGGUGAUAUUCCUGCCAAAGAAGACUAAAGACAAGGAUGUGGAGUCUAAGAGCCAGGUGAUCGAUGGCAUCAGUCGACUGAUCUGCACUGCCAAGCACCAGCAGACCAUGCUGAGGGUGCUGAUCGACGGCGUUGAGUGGAAUGACGUUAAGUUUUUCCAGUUGGCGGCACAGUGGUCGUCUCACGUCAAACAUUUCCCCAUCGGGAUCUUCGGACACAGUAAAGGGCCUUACUGACAAGCGGCGCGUUGCCAUAGUAGUGGGCCCCGUUACCAUAGAGACUCAUCUGGAACGGAGGACAG